AUGAUUCACAUCCGCCAGACCCCUGGGCCUACGGGUGUGGGGUCCGAGGAGGAGCAACUCUGCGCCGACUUUCCAGAGCUUGACCUCUCCCAGCUGGAUGUUGGCGACUUCGACUCGGCCACCUGCUUUGAGGAGCUGCAGUGGUGCCCCGAGAGCUCCGACACUGAGCCCAGCCACUACAGCCCCGACGACUCAGAGCUUUUCCAGAUAAUCGACAGUGAGAAUGAGGCCCUCCUGGCAGCGCUCACCAAGACCCUGGAUGACAUCCCUGAAGAUGACGUGGGUCUGGCUGCCUUCCCAGCCCUGGAUGGUGGAGACACACCGUCCUGCACUUCAGUUUCGCCUGCCCCCUCGUCUACGCCCCCCAGCCCCUCCCUGGAGAGCCCCCCUGCCAGGGCCCCUGAGGUGGAUGAGCUCUCGCUGCUGCAGAAGCUCCUGCUUGCCACGUCCUACCCAGCGUCCGGCUCCGACUCCCAGAAGGAAGGGGCCGCCUGGCGCCGGGCCGGCCUGAGGUCCAAAAGUCAGCGGCCUUGUGUCAAGGUGGACAGCACCCAAGAGAAGAAGGCCCCCACGACGCAGCCUCAGAGCCGGAGUUGUUCGGAACUGCAUAAGCACCUCACCUCGGUGCCAUCCUGCCUCCAGGCGAAAGCCCACUCCCCAGAGAGGGGCCUGCAGCCACCAGCUCCCCUGUCUCCCCGGCUCCCCGCCAAGGAGGAUGAGGAGCCGGGCAAGGACUGCCUGAGCCCCCAGCCAGCUCCAGCCUCUCCCUGGGACUCCCCGGCGCAGGGCAGGGCAGGCCCUGGCGCCCAGGUUUCCCCGGAGGACAUGCAGGCCGUGCUGCAGCUUAUUCGCUACAUGCACACCUACUGCCUCCCCCAGAGGAAGCUGUCCACACAGGCCUCAGAGCCCGCCCCUCCGCCCUGCACCCACCCCUCCAAGCAGGUCAGACCCUGGGCCCGGUCCCCGCACCCUUCCAAAGCCACAUGGGCUGAGUUUUCCAUCCUGAGGGAACUUCUGGCUCAAGAUGUCCUCUGUGAUGUCAGCAAACCCUACCGCCUGGCCACACCUGUCUACGCCUCCCUCAGGCCCCAGCACAGGCCCAAGGACGGUCAGGCCUCCCCUGGCUGCCCGUGUCCCGUGGAGGAGGUGAGGGUCGCGGCUUCACCCAAGAGCACCGGGCCCAGUCGCAGCCUGCGCCCACUGCGGCUGGAGGUGAAAGGUCAUGUCAGCCGGUUGGCUAGGCUGCAGCAGGAGGAGGAAGAGGAAGAGGAGGAGGAGGAGGAAGAAAAAGAAGAGGAGGAGGAGGAAGAAUGGGGCUGGAAAAGGCCGGGCAGAGGCCUGCCGUGGACCAAGCUGGGGAGGAAGCUGGAGAGCUCGGUGUGCCCCGUGCGGCGUUCCAGGAGACUGAACCCGGAGCUGGGCCCCUGGCUGACGUUCACCGAUGAGUCACUGGGCCCUUCAGAGCCCCAAGGAGAAGGAACUCUGCCCUCGCUGAGCCUGGCUCCCGAGGCCUAUGACACGGAGGGGGAGCAGGGCAGCCCCACGGACGAGGAUAGUGGCCAAGCCCAGCAGCAACCCCGGGGACCCCAGAUCCCGGCUCUGGAGAGCCCCUGUGAGAGUGGGUGUGGGGACACGGAUGAGGACCCCAGCUGCCCGCGGCUCCCUUCCAGAGACUCUUCCAGGUGCCUCAUGCUGAGCUUGUCACAAAGUGACCCUCCUUUUGGCAAGAAGAGUUUUGAGCAGACCUUGACAGUGGAACUCUGUGGCACGGCAGGACUCACCCCACCCACCACCCCUCCGUACAAGCCCACAGAGGAGGACCCCUUCAAGCCGGACAUCAAGCACAGCCCAGGCCAAGACAUAGCUCCCCGGCUCCCCACCCCGGAGGGCCUCCAGCUCAGGGCGGCCACAGGGGCGGCCCACAGGCUGCAGAAGAAAAAAAACGAGCGGAGCGAGCUCCUGUCCCACCUGCGGCAUGCCACCGCCCAGCCCGCCUCCCAGGCCGGCCAGAAGCGCCCCUUCUCCUGUUCCUUUGGAGACCAUGACUACUGCCAGGUGCUCAAGCCCGAGGGUGCCCUGCAGAGGAAGGUGCUGAGGUCCUGGGAGCCGUCUGGGGUCCACCUUGAGGACCGGCCCCAGCAGGGUGCCCUGCAGGCCGAGGCGCAGGCCUUGGGCUGGGAGGAACACGGCAGCGGUGACGCAGGUGCACCCGCCAAGGACAGUCUGCUGCUGAGAGACCACGAGAUCCGCGCCAGCCUCACCAAGCACUUUGGGCUCCUGGAGACCGCCCUGGAGGACGAAGACCUGGCCUUGUGCAAGAGCCCCGAAUACGACACGGUUUUUGAGGACAGCAGCAGCAGCAGUGGCGAGAGCAGCUUCCUCCUGGAGGAGGAGGAGGAGGAGGAGGACAAUGACGACGACUCCGGGGUCAGCCCCCCUCGCUCUGACUACUGCCCCUACCAGAGCCCACCGAGCAAGGCCAGCCGGCAGCUCUGUUCCCGCAGCCGCUCCAGCUCCGGCUCCUCCUCCUGCCGCUCCCGAUCACCAGCCAUGCGCAGGACCUUCAGAUGUGAGAGCAGAGGGCCGUGUUCAGACGGAACGCCAAGCGUCCGGCAUGCCAGGAAGCGGCGGGAAAAGGCUAUUGGCGAAGGCCGCGUGGUGUAUGUUCGAAAUCUCUCCAGCGACAUGAGCUCCCACGAGCUGAAGAGGCGCUUCGAAGUGUUUGGUGAGAUUGUGGAGUGCCAGGUGCUGACGAGAAGCAAGAGAGGCGAGAAGUACGGCUUCAUCACCUACCGGUGUUCCGAGCACGCCGCCCUCUCCCUGAGGAAUGGCGCCGCCCUGCGGAAGCACAAUGAGCCCUUGUUCCGGCUGAGCUGUGGGGGGCUCCGGGACUUCUGCUGGCCCAGGUACACUGACUACGAUUCCAAUUCCGAAGAGGCCCUUCGUGCGUCAGUGAAAAGCAAGUACGAAGCCAUGGAUUUUGACAGCUUACUGAAGGAGGCCCAGCAGAGCCUGCAUUGAUCACAGCCUUAACCUUCGAGGAAUACCUCAAUACCUCAGACAAGGCCCUUUCAAUAUGUUUACGCUUUCAAAGAAAAUAAGUAUAUGAGAAGGAGAGUGAGCAAGCGCAUGAGAGAAUACGAGAGAGAGAAAGAGAGAGAGAGAGAGAGAGACUUGAAACUGCUGUCCUUUUAAAAAAAAAAUCAAUGUUUACAUUGAACAAAGCUGCUUCUGUCUGUGAGUUUCCAUGGUGUUGACGUUCCACUGCCACAUUAGUGUCCUCGCUUGCGAUGGGUUGUCCCGGGUGCGUCUCCAAGUGCUGGGUCAGUCACCCACUUCCCCUCCCCCCCCACCCCCCUGCCCUCGACCGACUUCCCCUCGUAGACGUGCAGCCGUAUUCACCAUAGCAUCUCUUGUCUGUAGCGUGUGAUGAUGAAAUUGUUACUUGUGAAUAGAAUCAGGAUUAUAAACUCAUUUUUAAUUGAAGAAAAAGUAUAUCCUUAAAAUAAUGUAUUUAUGGCUCAGAUGUCCUGUGCCUGGGGUUAUUGUAUCGCUUCCUUGAUUUUUUAACUAUGCACUGUCGUGAGGUGUUUGCCACUGAGCUGCGCUGCUCCCUCUGCCAGGAUGCCCCGCAGGUGCUGGGGGGCUGGGGAAGUGCGGCCUGCGGUCCCAACGAGCGGUUUCUGGGCCCGACCUGCCCAGCCCUGCCCUGUCUCUUGUUGAGCGAGUUUGGGUCCGAUGGCAGUCAGAGCCCUCAUCCGGUGCCCAGCUCACGCUCAGAGUGUCUGCCUGGCCAUGAGUCCUCAGAUCCUCAGGAGGAAGGCAGUUCCCCAAGAGGUGAAAUGACCUGCCCGAGGCCCCACGGGCAGAGCAGGGACCCAGCCCAGACCUCCUGCUUCCUGGUCCCAUGCUGCCACCGUAGCCGGGGUAAAGGUGCAAAGUUUCGGGGCUGCGAGAGGUGAGGUCAGCUAAAUUGGGCAACAAACUAGAAACCUGCAGGCUCAUCACGGGAGUUAUGUCAACAGCGGAUUCGGCAGCAUUGGGUGCGUUCAAGCUGUGGCGUGCGUUUUGACCCAGGGGUCCUGCGGUUUGCCUGCUCCCGUGGACAUGCAUCAGAGCUUCAGUGAUGCGCCCGGAGCGUCCAGGACAGGUGGUCUGGGAGCAGUCAUCCUCUCUGGACCAGUCGCCGCCCGUCUUACUCCCUCCAGCUGGUCUUUCCUUUCCCUCAGCUGUGAAGUUGUUUGGGUGGCAUGGGACAGGGAAGCAGGAAGAGGGUUGGGCACGGAUAAAACAACCUCCCAGCUCCUUUUCCACUUAGGAAACAUGCUAAUUGGGCUUUAAAUUCUGUGUUCUCGGGUGACGUCAGAGCCACGUCGGGUGGGGUGUUCCGCAGGUGCCUUGGGGGCCAUUCGUGAGGGAGAGCAUGGCCGGGCAGGGGGUGAGCACGUGGCUUCUUCAGAAAGAGCAGCUCCCACUGGGUCCCUUUCCCACACCAGUGUUCCUUGGUACAUUUUUACAUUGAAAAGAAAAGAAAACAGGUCCUGCUGCUUUAACAAAGUUUGAAUUGACUCAUUAAACUAAACAAGCUAAGUUAACCUAUUGCUAACACCAGGCCUUUCAGAAUUGAUAGCUGGCUGUUUUUUUUUUAAGGUUUUCAAAUACCUCAGUAGGUGAGCUGAGCCAAUGAGCUUGUCCUGGGUGGUGAGCAUACGCCAGGCCCACAGAGAAGGCUGGAGGAGGCAGGCUGUAGAAGGAAGGGAAUCUGAGCUCCUGCAUGAUGAGUCACUUGAUCUCUCUGGGCCCAAUUUCCUUUUCUGUGAAAUAGACUGGGGAGGAAUUAGGCAAGGUGAUCUCCAAGGUCCCUGCCAGCUCUAGUGUCUAGCUCAAGAUGUAUGCCACUACAGCCACAUGCUUGGCCAGUGGCAGACAUCAUUAAUUGACCACAGCACUGAAGUUCUUUGAACCUGAUUGUGCUAUGAGAAUCUUCCUCACAGAGCUCUGGGCAGACAUUACUAACUGAUCAGAAUUUAACCUAUAUGACAUCUUGGUCUAAUCGUCUUAAAGGUUAUGGUGGCUGGGUUUCAUGCUGGCCCAUUCCUGUCAAUCAUGUCCUGACCUAUGAGAGAAAAUUCCCCUGAAGCCAUCACUUGGCUCAGGACUCCCAAUAUUACUGUGACACAUAACUUGGGGUGGGGGGUGUGGAGACUGGACUGUUUUGGGGAGGCAGGGCUUAUGAGGAUGGACUAAAUAAAGGGACUUCCCGCAGCACAGACCUGAACAUCCUAAAUUCCUUUUAUAGCUACUCACUGCCUAGCACACAGUAGGCACAGAAUAAAUGGCUAUGGAAUGGAAUUUAAAGCCGUCUGCUGCCUCCUGUGUCCUCUUUUGCACCAAGGAGGGCCUUGAGAUUUCACCCUGUGGUAGCCAGUAGGACCAGGCCAUCUCUAAGCCCUUCCGAUGGGCUUCUCCCGCCAUUGCACUAGGCCAGAGGGUCUAGCAUGGGCAGGUGGUACUUGAGGGUAAAGAAAUGCAGAUUUCGUGAAGAACAAGCCCCUCCCCUCUGCCAGGCCAGCUGAUGCUGUCCUUUCACGUCAGCUGAACACGGGGCUCUUGAAGUGACUGAAACUUGGCCCUUGAGCAGAGCAGAGAUCUGAGCGUGGCAGGGGGGCGCCAUGUGCCUGAGGUCAGAGCUGGGGGCCGCUGAUGGGAGAGGAAGCCUGCCAAGGACACCCAGCAGUUUCUGCUCACCGUCCUCUCCAUAAGAGGCCACAGGUUCUAAAGCUGACGGGCCCUGCAGGCCUCCUGAAUCCAGAAGACUCAUUGGGUGCUGCGCAUCACCAAGGAGACUCAAGGUCUCUUCAGAAGAACUAGUCCACCUCGGGCUCUUUCCCACCAACUUAAGGAGUCGCCCAGAGGGAGCAGCUGCCAUUGGCAACCAUCUCGUUGUAGCUCUGUCCUAGUGUUUGCUCUCGAUGAUGUUUACAUGUGAUUGCCAUACAGCUUCCUGUAGACUGUGUCAGUAGCCGCCCACGCCGGGCAGGUUGUACUGUCCAUCUCUGUGCCGUGCUGAUGUUUUCCAAAAAUAUCCGAUCCAACCGCUAAGUGGAAUUCUUCCAUCUCCUUCCUCAGUCGGUACAAGGCUGAAUCAGAGUCCUCGCUCUCGGGGGCUCUGGUUACCGAAGGAAAAUGCAUCAAAGAGGUAAAGAAUAUGAGUGGAUGGAGUGUAGCUAAGGCCCCCACCCCCUGGCCCCUUCACACCUUGUCCCCCUAAUCAGAAAACUGCUUGGAGUCUAAAAGCACCAUUUGGGUGUCUGCAUCUACCGUGAGAUCUGGCAGCGUUGCCUGUGGGACACGCUCAGGAGAGAGGCAGGGCUCCAGGGGCGGGAGGAGGAAGGGAGGAAUGCUCUGAGCUCAAUGAUGCAAUACCCACGUCCUGAUGUGGGAAGAGAUGAUGCAAUAAGAAGCUUCCAUCGCUCACAGCCUAUGCGCCUAGAUCAGCGGUUCUCAACCUGUGGGUUGCGACCCUUUUGGUGGUCAA